ACGUGACAGGUAGUUCCACAAGACAGGCUGUCAAGAUGUCUCCAAUGUGUCGAGCGAUCCAAUGUUUUCUCGUCAACCAUUUUCCCAAUUAGUAGGAGUGUCGAGAUGGCGGAGAGCUCUUCGACGUCCGCCCUGGAGGUGGCCCUCCUGGCGGGCAAGCAACACUGGCGAGAGGUGGGCGACGUCGUCAAGGCUCAACUUGCUGCCGGGAGUACUUUACUCGGCUGCCUGGACCACAACGGGACGCUGGUUUUGUGUGAGCCGACUAAUGAUGCUGCUCCGGUCACGCUGGACGGACAGUACCAGGACUUUAGCUGGGAGGAGACAGUAAGCAUUUGCCCUGGGGGAGCCCAAGCCACACGCCUGUUGGCAGUGUGCUCCGAUUGCGAGCUAAGGAUGUUGGAGGUGGACGCCCAGAAAGGAGUGGCAAUAUCUGUUCAUCUUAUUGGCAAGUGUCCUGCACAGUUCCUCCAGGGGGACCAGCGUGGGUGUCCCCCGCGAGUGGUGCGCGUGCUGUCAUUGGUGUCAAAUCACUGCAUAGUGCUGUUGGACAGCAUCUGGCUGCUGCAACUGGAGUGGCUGCCAACGCAGGAAACUCCACGGACACUGAGUUGCUGCCGACUGGGCUCGGCGGAUGGAUGCACCGUGGAGGAUGUCCAUUACUGCACGCUCCAAGAUGUUGCUUUCACCCUUUUUGAGAGCGGACUUGUCUCUGUCCACGACGCAACUGAUGGCGCCCUCCUGGCAUCUGUGGAUGUUGCAACCUACCUGGCAGAAGAGGUGGAGCCAGCUGCAAAGUGGUCGCAAUUUUGCCUCCUGAAGGUGUCGGGCGACAUGAGCACGGCCGUCAUCGUCACGCGUAACAAUGCCGCUGCUGCUAUCGACCUCGACCUCUAUUUUAGGAGGAACCCCAACCACCUGCUAUGUCAGGACCCACCCAGCGGCCUGCCUUCGAGGCCCCAGCGACAGCUCGAUGAGGACAAUGUGAGGAGCGCCAACUGCAGCCUAGCUGCUCUCGGAUUUGACCUCAAAGCUGACCGCUCUUGGGGAUCUCGUCUGGCCUCCAUGUACAACGCGGCCCGGACGUCUUCCUCGUCGUCGUCGCUACGACCCGUCGCCACAUGCUGGACCUCUUGCCUCCCCUGCAGAGGUUCCCGCCAGGCAGCGCCCUCGACCCGCAGCCGUGUUCCUCCGGACGGCGCUACAAUCACCUUUGCCCUCCCGCCCUCGUCCGCCCCACGUCUGUUGUCUGUCUGCGAUUUCUCAGCCAUGUUGGUGUCGGCGUCCCCUGGAAACACAUUCACCACCAGCGUCCUGUGGGACUUUUCAUCCAGAAAUGUCACGUAUCAUCAAGCUGAGGGUCCAGCAGCGGCGGUGGAAUUGUGUGGAAAGAAACAUCAUGCUGUGCUCCUCAAAAAGUGGGGAAUGUUCCAGAUAUUGUUCUCGGUGACGCAACAGGAGCUCCUGAGCAGCUUGAUGAUGUUUGGCAGCGCGGCUACCGUGGAUGCACUUUGUCACCUCAACACGUGGGAGCGUUGCUCCAUCCCCAUCCACUCCCUGAAGGCGGGCGUCAAGAACCGGCAGCUGGACACGGUGGAUUUCUACCUGAAGAGCAAAGAGGACCUCCUGAAAAUGCCUGGCACGGCCAGCUUCACAGAACGCGUCCAGACAUUGCGUCCCGCCUUGGACCUGCUCUGCGCUGCUAUUCGGGAGUCACGCAACGACGCUCAGAGCCAGCAGUUCUCAGAUCAGCUGCUCAACAUCACACUAAACUUCGUCAAUGCCAAUAUUCGCUUUGUGCUAAAGAACGCCAACUACGAGGACAAAGAUGUGCGCAACUGUGUGGAUGUCCUGAAUGACUACCUGAUGGAGCUCAGGACCUUCAUGAAGAAAUACCCAUGGCCUGCAGAGAGUACCUCAGAACAUAGAGCACCAGCGAAAGACGACGGGGACGAGUGGGACGGGCUUCCCGCAGAGGAAGUGGUGCGCUUGUCCGUGCUGACCAAUCAGAUCCCCAGAGCCCAAGCAGUGUUCCGGCGGAGGGGCCUCCCUGAGGGACGUCUUGUGAUCCUGAGGGCGACAGGCCUUCGUCUGGUCUUUUCGUGUUUGCAGGGACGAGACCUGCCCACCGCUGUGGCACUCCUCACCAACAUGGGUUUUAACGUGAAGAAGGAACUUCACCGCAUCUGCGUCUUCACGAACAAUGGCCCGCUUAGGGACUUUGUGGCGGAGGAGCUCCGCAGACGGCGUCACUUUUCUGAAGAGGAGCAAGCUAGCAUCGCCUUCAUUAAGGAGGCAGCAGGUCUGGGAUCCCUGCCACGCAUGGGCGCAUCGGCCAACAGGCCGAUCCAGCUGGUCCUUCAUAAGGAUGCUGUGUUGGGCGAGGAUUUUCUAGAAGAAGUAACAGGACAAGAAAUAAAGGACGAACAAGAGGCAGGGCUAUGGCAGGGAGUCAGACUGGAUUGGGUGAAGAACUGGUCAAAGAGCAGUAGGACCGCUAUCUUGUUGUCCAGACACAAGCAUGACGACUUGAGCUGGUGUGAGGGUUCGGUGCUGUGGCCUCACCUGACGUCGCUGCACGAGCGUUCCCCCCUGCUGGUUUGGAUGGAGCACCGCGAAAUGACUGGCGCCGCCCGUUGGCCCAAAUUGACAGCGGACAUCAUAAACGGAAGCACGCUGUGCAGUUGCUUCCUCAGGGAGGAGAUCCUGGACGUGCUAGCCAGACAAGGUUUGUUCAUCAAUGACGAGCUGUCAGACUUGGACCAACUUUUGUGGCGCCUGGCUCAGGGGGGUGGUGUGAUGUCACAGGCCCUGCCACCCAUACCUCGACACAUUGGUGCAGACCUCAACUCGCGGGUGAUUGCUUGGUGUGGAGAGCACCAACUGCAGUUCCUACUCUACGCCUACCUGGAACACUUCAGGUUGACACCCAGGAACUGUCCCACGCUUUCUAGUGGAAGCCUGACCCAGUCCCAACCAUGGUUUGACUUGAUGGUGAAAAUGCAGGAAAUCACUACCAACCUCACAGAGCCGGCGUUGGUCUAUCAAGCCAGCCUGACAUGUGCACAGCUUCUGCUGCCAGGAAGUCCACCGUCUCUUGGCUCACUUCUACUCGAAGGUCACAGCCUGCUUGCCCUAGCUACCAUCAUGUUUGCACCGGGGGGCAUUGACAAGGCGCUGGUUCCAGGUGAAAGGCUAUCGCAGGCAGGGUGUUCAAUAGACCGCCAGUUGAUGAAGAUGGCACUGACAGCAUACCCCAAACUGAAGACGGCUCUGUUUCCGGCAGGGCCGCGAGGUCCCGGCCACUUAACAGAUGUGUCUGUGUACCAUCUUCUGCAGGCGCUGCAUCCACUCGACCCUAGUCGACUGUUUGGCUGGCAAGCGGCUAACUCGCUCAACUCGGCUGGUACACCAGAGCCACCACACUUCUCCAGCCCACAUCUGGUGGAAGCCUUCGCAUUGCAAGAGCAACUUGAUUUCUUGUACUAUCUGCGACGCGGGCGGCCCGCCUUUGCCUUUGCCGACUUCCUGCUGCAUCACCUGAUUGGCUGCCAACACGUCGAGCAAAUUUUGCAGCAGGCCCAGCAUCAGGUUCACAUUUUAGCGAUGGAGAGUUUCAAUUUGUCAUCGGUGGUCUCGGCCACAGUUUGCUUCUGUGAGCUUCUGGGGCUCAGCAGCCUCCAAAUCCGAGUGGAUGUCAAGGUCCUGAAUACCGUCUGGACACACUGGAAACUCAACAACACGCACUCUGGGCAAAGACAGCCUCUGCACAACCUGGGUCUGAAGCUGGUGGAGGCAGACCCGGGAGCAGCAGAGGAGCUGAUUGGCUACUUGGAAGCAGCUGUGACUGAUAGCCUGGAUGUCAAAGGUGUCAACAGGUGUUCGUGGGAUGCAGCUAAGGAUUGGUCGCUUCCCGUGGAGUUUUGUCGUCUUCACGGAAUUCCUCUCAGUGGUGUUUAUCCCGCCCACUGCGCGCGUGACGGGCUCUUCUUCAACUUUUUGUGCUUCGUGCAACUGCAUCACUUCACGACACAACAGGUGGAUUCUCUGCUGCCGCAGUUUAGCCCUGCCCUUCGGGACCACCUUAGCGUGGCGUUCAGCGAGCUUCCCUCAUUCACUGGAGAGUCACAUGGGGGGGCAGCAUCCCCCCAAGAUCUCUUCCAGGUUCUGCUUCGUAGCCAAGAGGAGGUGAACCCUAGCAGUUACCUUCUGCAGGAGGCCUUGAAGCAUCGUAGCCCCUCAUUGGCUGUGCUCGCUGCCUGUCUACAGGAAGGGGAGCUUGUCUCAUGCUUGUGUGUAUGGCUUGUCACGGCUGUCGACGGCAUUGCUGCCCAGGAAGUGUCCACCCACCUGUCCACUGCACCCCAGCCUCAACCAUGGAGCCUUCAGCACCUUUCAAUAAUCUGGAGGACUCUCUUAGAACAGGGACAUCUCGGGGCUCAAACUCUCCUGAGGGGGUUCCAGCUCUUUAGCAAAGACUGCCCGUUGCUAGAUGUGCUGAGCAUGUUCCUGCUCUGCUGCGACCACAAAAACUUCAACCAAGCCAAAGUCAAACUCCAAAAUUUCCACAACAGCAUCACAAAUCUGAGUGUGAGCGGUGCAGCACCUCCUGGUGGAAUGCCACUGCAGUGGAUGUGUAGCGAGGCAUGGUUUUUGCUCUUGCUCUUGUGUCGGCGCACGUGCUCAACCUAUGAGCUGCGGCACGUUUUGCAGGUCAUGGCGGACGCUGGGGACAUAACGAGCAAGGACAGUGGUCCAGACUUCAGAAAACUGAGCCAGCUGAGUGAAAUCCUGCAGGGUUCUGGAGUGGGCGUGUCUCCCAGGUUGUUGCAGUGUGAUUGGUCAUCCAUCCAGCAGGAUGAGUUCCAGGCCACUGUGGUUGCUCUCCAAGCAAGAGGAUUGUACGAACGAGCGCGAAGAGUCGCCAUGUUAGCACAACUUCCAGUGCAACAGCUCCUCAUGUGUCAGCUAAUUGAGGAAUUGGCGCUUGAGCGUUCCAAACGUCAAUGGUCUAGAGUGGAGAAUCGUGUAUGCUUUUGGAGGAAGUGCCAUCAACACCUGGAAGAAGAGCGUGUGGCUCCUGACUCGGCGGCUCACUUUUUCCUAUCUCAGGCAGACUUUGCAAUGUCUGAGUCUGCAGCAGCCUCAGAGUUUCAGUCCGAGCUGCUGGCACUCAGAGAAGGCUGCCUGUUACUAGCUGUGGCCACCCGCUGGCUGUCGCUGUGCCACCCUGCUCCUGUCCAGCAAAUGGAGAACCUCGAGAAAAGGCUGUGGGUGGGCCGCAUUCGUGAGCACGACUUGGUGGCAGACAUCCAGAGAGAGAGCGUCUUUAACCUUCUUCUGCCCGAUGUCAAUACAUAUGAACUUCUCAUGAAGGACUUUUCCUUCUGCAACAUCCCUGAGCUCCGCACGGACCUACUCCUCUGCCUAGAUGGACUUCCUGGUCCUGCUGAGGAGCACCUGGACGUGGAGCCGCUCCUCGAGCCGGCGCAGAAGAAGACGCUGCAGUUACUCCUGGACGCCGCUUUGGAUGCCGGAAACGUACACGAAGUCAGCCGUGCCUGUCGCUACUUUUCGCUCUACCAUCCUGAUCUGUGGCUGCUGCUACACUGCCGAGGCCUAGCGUCUGGAGAAAUCGAACCGCAACUGCCAGAUGAGCCUGAUGCGUCAUCCAGGAGCCUCCUACAUGUCUCGCCAUCUGUGAGCAGCUUGUCGUCCUUUGUACUGCUUCCAUCUCUUCCUGAAGACGAUGUCGCCAUCCAGUUGCAGAAGAUGACCGAGCAGUGUCGCCAUGGCAGCAACUACUGCAAACGAGUGCUCUGCCUCUAUCAGCUCUCAAAGGAGCUGAAGUGUUCCUUCAGUCAGCUGAGCAGCGAGGAUCCAGUUUGUGUUUUGGAGAAACUCCUGCUGUGCGAUCACCCCGAACGCUUGCGCAACGCGCAAAUGUUCAUCCGAGCUCAGCGUUUCUCCGCCGACAUCACCGCUGAGCUGGUGGCGGCUACAUUGGUGCGUGCCAAACAGGAGCAAGCACACCUAAUGCAAACUGAGAGGCACGUGUUGCGGCCGUUAGAGGGUCGCGACUCAUUGGUCCAGCUCAUCACUUUGUGUGAAGAUCCUAACCUUGUGGGACUCAAAGUUCUGGAGAAGCUCCAGAGUAUACCUCUUAGGGACCUCAGCUGCAUUGUGGAGUUACUGAUCGCAGCGCACGACUGCUUCAGCGUGACAUGCAACAUGGAAGGAAUUGUGCGAGUGCUGCAAGCCACCAGACAUUUGAGCCACGCCUACUUGGCGCCCGGCGAGCAUUACAGCCUCCUGGUGCGCUUGCUAACGGGAAUUGGCAGAUACAACGAGAUGACAUACGUGUUUGACCUGCUGCAUCAGAACCAUCGCUUCGAAAUGCUGCUCAGGAAGAAAACCGAUAUGAAUGCAGGGCAGAGUUCGAGCCUGAAGACGGCGCUGCUGGACUACAUUAAGCGCUUCCUGCCGGCCGACAGCGAGAAGCACAACAUGGUGGCGCUGUGCUUUAGCAUGCGGCGCGAGAUCGGCGAGAACCAUGAAAUGGCAGCAAGGACGCAGCUCAAGAUCAUCCAGUCCCAAGCCUGGCAGGUGUCAUCUCCAGAGCUCAAAAGUUCUCUGCUCAAAGUUUUGUCACUGCUCAAGGACGCCGCAGAAAGCUUUGCCAAGGAUACGUGCGUGCAUCAGGCGAGUCGAUGCGUGCGAUUGGCCAAGCUGGUGACGCUGCAGCUGCACUUCCUUAAUCAAGGUUCUGCUCUCCGCUUGGUCAACCUGCAGCCCGAUGAAAUAAUGGACGCCGCCGUGGCACUUCCACGAUGCUACCAGGUGUUGGUGUUGUCAGAGUCAUACGGCUUUACUCCGGACUGGGCGGAGCUUGUCUACCGAAAGGUAGUCCUUAACGGCGACUUUGCAUACUUGGACGAGCUCAAGAAACUCCGACCAUUGACAUCCGGCCUCUUUGAGGAUAUUUUUAAGAAGCUGGAUGGCACACCUGGCAAUGUGACAGCAAAUGUGCGUCGCCUGCUCACGUAUUGUGACGACGUUUACCUGCGCUAUCGCCUGGCGUACCGACGACAACUCGAUGAUGUCACCAGGACGCUGCUACAGGACAACACUGCCGCUAGUUACCUCAAUGACGUCGUUGGCGCACACUGACGCACCGAAACGUAAAAGACAAUAGCACGAUCGUAUAGCUCAUCUCGCCCAUGAAAAUGAAUUGAAAUGCAAUUAAUCAGCACCCUCCAGAAAAUCAUUUUUAAAUGGAAAUCUGCUCAGUUACAGUAACAUAGCACUGUGACUGUACAUUAUUGUUGUAUGUUCAAAACAUGAUUACAGUCGGAAAUCAAGGUUGGGAGCAUCACUUUAAAAAUGUAUUUGUCACCUGUUGAAAUCAUGUAGUUAGUAAUGCAAUCCAAGUACCAUUAAAUUAGUGUACAGUACAGUUUAAGUUUAUUGUCCCAUAAGAAGGGGAAACUUGUGUAUAAGUGUAUAUUAUAUAAUGACUUGAAUUAACAGGAUUUCAAUGCCAAAUAUGUUAAAACCAAAUUAAAUAACAAUACAAAAUAUAUUUCUAAUGUAUAACGUACAGUUGUCUUCAAAAUUAUUCAACCCCCGCAGUAGAUAAGUGUUUUUGCAAGUUUGACAUUUAUUUGUUUAUAAUCACAUUAAAUAAUGACAUGUCAAAUAGACAAAUACAACUGAAAUAACAAACACAUUUUGGGGAAUAUACCAAUUUAUGGCCUUUCUGUGAUUACUUCAUUGACAAGAUUAUUCAACCCCUGACCUAUGUAUAACUUAAGUACUUAGUACAACAUCCUUUGCAACAAUAACAUCUCUUAGACAUGAAGCAUACCUUGACACAGGUUUCUUGUAGUGAUCCACUGGUAUCUUUGCCCAUUCCUCAUGGGCAAUGGGCUCUAGUUCAUUAACAUUUUUGGGCUUCUUCUUCUACCACCAGAGAUUUUUUAAUAGGAUUUAAGUCUGGUGAUUGCGAUGGCAAUUCUAGAAUCUUUCAGCACUUCUUUUGCAACCAAGAUGUGGUAGAUGUGGAGGUAUGCCAUAGACCUCAUAAUGAUAUUGGCGGGGCCGAUUAAUAGAGAGCCUGCAUUGUUGGCGUGACCGUCAAAGCUGACCGAGUGGAAUCAUUUUUUUCGUUAAAAAUUCUUGUGCGUAAACGCUUAAAUCCCUGAAUCCUUUAUAGAUAUGGACGUAAAACAAUCUUGAUUCUUGGUUAAAAGCAAAAAAAACCAAAAACAUGCAGUUAGCAUUUAUUUUGCGUAAAUACAUCGAAGUGCGAUGCUAGUCUGUCAGUCAAUGUGGCGGCCGCCAUGUCUAAACAGAGCUUUUCCGGUGUAAAUUCUUGUGAACAAAUGCUUAAAUCCCUGAAUUCUUUAUGGAUAUGGAUGUAAACCAGUCUCGAUUCAUGGUUAGAAGCAAAAAAAACGUGCAGUUAGCAUUCAUUUUACGUAAAUAGGUCGAAGUACGAUGCUAGUCUGUCAGUCAAUGUGGCGGCCGCUUUAUGUAAACAGAGCUUUUCUAGUGAAAAUUCCUGUGAAUAAAUGCUUAAAUCCCCGAAUUCUUUAUAGAUAUGGACAUAAGACAGUCUCGAUUCUUGGUUAAAAGCAAAAAAAUCAUGCAGUUAGCAUUUAUUUUACGUAAAUAUGUCAAAGUACGAUGCUAGUCUGUUAGUCAAUGUGGCGUCCGCCUUAUGUAAACAGCUUUUUCCUGUGAAAAUGCUUGUGAAUAAAUGCUUAAAUCCCUGAAUGCUUUAUAAAUAUGGACGUAAAACAGUCUUGAUUCUUGGUUAAAAGCACAAAAAAAAAAAAAACGUGCAGUUAGCAUUUAUUUUACGUAAAUAUGUGGAAGAAUGAUGCUAGUCUGUUCGACAAUGUGGUGGCAGCCUUACAACAGAGAGCUUUUUACGUUAAAAAUUCUUAUGAAAAAUAUAAUAAUCACUUUGAAUCCUUGAACAAAUCACUCCUGAGACAAUCCUUCCUGUUUGUAUGCGGCGCAGCUUUCAUACUUUUUCAACAUAAACCCGACAUUGGAUUGUCGCAUAUGUCGCUGCGACCGACUGCGAAUAACUGAAGUGGAUUAUGGGAUGGCCCCCUACUUGAAGGCGCAGUGAAGGUUGAAUAUGACCUGUCAAUAUCAUUAUGAAGUCUUUGGGUAUGCUUAGGAUCAUUGUCCUGAUGGAAGGUCCAACCUCACCCAGACCUUACCCAAGCCUCAGCUUUGUCAAUGACUGCAUGACAUUUGCAUCCAAGAUCUCUUGGUAUUCAACUACCCUAAAUACCUUGCACACGCUGAAGAUUCCCUGUACCUGAAGAAGCAAAACAACCCCAGAGCAUGACUGACCCCCCACCGUGCUUCACAGUACUGGUAGAUAGGGUCUUAUUUUCUUUAUAUGCAUUAUUCUUUCUCCGUUGACCCAUUGGCCCAAAAAGUUCCAGUUUGGUCUUAUCACUCCAGAGAACAGGAUCCCAAAACCUUUGUGGUUUGGAGUCAGCAGAGGGCUGCGCCUGGAAGUUCUUGCAUGGAAGCCAUCGUUUCGCAGUGUGCGUAUUAUUGUCUGAGAUGAAACUGAAUACCUUCCCAUGACAUGUCCUGUUGUAGUUCCUCAGGUGUCACCCAUGGAUUUUUCUCCACCUUUUGCUCCAGCAGUUGGAGACCGUAACCUUUUUCUACCACGCCCAGGUAGCGUUUCCACUGUGCCUUUAGCUUUAAACUUACGGACUAUGCGCCCAAUUACCAGGUGAUUUAAAGCAACUAGUUUUUCAACAAAUUUUCAACCCUUGCCCCUCGUGUGAAAGAAGGUUGCCCAAAGUAUUUCAAUAUGCAAAUUGUGCAUUUCUUAGACCUCUGAUAAUGGAAAAAAAUCAUAUUUAAACACGAGAAAAUAACACAGCUUACGAGUGAUGACUGUGAUGUAAGUAAUGCCACGUGAGUCCAGUACAUAAAUGCUGAUACACUCGAAACAGGUAAAAAAUAGCUAAGAAAAAUGGGUUCAUACUGUUUAUACACUGCAAAAACACACCGACUUUAAAACUAAUGAAAUUCCUUUUUUUUCCCUGUGUCAACCUACUAGCAAUAAGUGAAAUUAUCGGCCAGUGUUUCAAGUACGUUUUACCCACUUAGAUUUCUUGAAAUAAGAAAACCAGCUAGCUGAAAACAAGUUUAACAGUCUUAUUUUAUGCAAUUAAAAAAAAAAAAAAAAAAAAAAAAAAAAGAGCUUGUUUGUCAGAAAUGUUCCUAAUUCAAGAAUGGAUAUUGUUCAAAAUAUUAUUUGAAGGCAAGUUUUUCUUGAUUUAGGUGAAAAAUGACUAACUUUUAGAUGUAUAGGCUUAAUAAGAAAUACUAUUAUUAAAGUAAGUGGAAUAAUCUAACACAACCUGUUACCCAGUCUUUACAAAAUGGAGAAAAUAAUUUGACUAUAUUUAAUUUUAAAAAGAAUCUGAUUAAGACGUUCUAAAUUUGCAGUGUAGUUUCUGUACCUGUGCAAUCUGUCUCUGCCUUCUUUCUCUGUGUGAGACUCGGACAAAGCACGCUUCACCUCCUGGGUUCAUUCUAUCUUGUUUCUCCAGUAGCAAAGGGUAGAUGUGUAGGCGGGACAAUCUUAGAUACUCACAUUUGAUUGGCUAAAAUAGUAGUGGCAUAUAAAAAUUUCUGACAACAGCUAUUCCGCCUACUUCCGGAAUAUAUUGGCUUUUAUUUACGUUUUCCUCCACUAUAACACACUGGAUAAAUGAAAUACUGUGUCUUUUCACUUAAAGAAGGUUCUUUCCACUGGGAUGCACAUCAAGGGUUUUUCUAUCCCUUUUUAACUCCAGGCACAUGCACAUAUAACUAAGCACUUGCCUUUCUAUCCUAGACACAAAAUAUUUUUAGCUGCUAGCUGCUUUCUUAUAAAAUUUUUAAAAUGAUCUGUUUAAAAAAAUGAAAAAUUCUUCACUGUCACUGUGUGUGUAUACUGUAAAUACAUGAAUAAUUUUUUUCUGUGCUGUGAGUUAUAUUUUAAAGGCAAAGUUUUUACAUCAGGCUUAAUCUUCGAGUUAGCAGGGGUUUAAUAAGUCGGUGGAGUUGAUUUCAACAUAUUCCGUGCAGUUAGUUAUUUAUUAGUUUCAGGGCUCCGGAGUGGUUAGCGAGUCAAUUGGCCCGUUCUAACAUGCCAAUAAAAAACAACAUAUGCACCAUAUGAAAACCACCAUGCAGUCAAUAGUGUUGGCUAUGUUUUCAGGAUGAAGUUAUUAAAACUUACCAUUCCAUGUCAAUAAGUGCAGUAUGAACAGCAACAUUUGUAAUCCAGCAGCUCUGUAGGUAACAGGCUGCAGAGCGGAGUGAUAUUUUUUCCACCGGUGUGUAGCCAGCAGCAAGUAUCCACAGUUUGUAUUAUUUACAGUGUGGUCUGUUUACCUAAGCCGUCGUUUUUCCUCAACUAUUUAAAUGCUUACGAGAAGGCAGGUUUGCUGGAGGUAAACAUAUCUUUUGAUGGACAAAAUAAAAAACGCUUGGAGUGCUUUGUGGUCGCAACUGGUACCAUCCGAGUGGGAUAAGUCUGACUUCCUUGAAUGCAGCUUGAGCACGAGAGGCCGAAGUACUCCUCUCUAUUGUGGUCGCAUUACGCAUCUAAAAAAAAUAGUUCUGCAGAAAUAAAUGAAUUACGGCAGCUUAGUGUGACGUUGUUUUGGCCGCAUGGGAAUUUUGUAAAAUGAUCUGCAUUUUGAAUUUGCCGAUGUUAAAAUGUUUUUUAUAUUGGCAUGCUAUGAUGGGACCAUUGACUCGCGUAGCCUAAUCACUCAGGAGCCCUGAAAUGAAUAACUAACAAAUUGCACGGAAUUUGUUGAAAUAACUUCACCGACUAAAUAAACUACCGCUAACUUGAAGAUUUAAGUUUAAUGCCAGAAAUUCUAAACUUCCGCUUAAAGUGUGAAAAAUGUUUUAAAAUGAUGUGAUUGUGAAAUGAGUAAAAUGACAUUGGUCUCAUUGUUUGUCACAAAACAUGUUGAACAGGGGUGUAUAGAGUUUUUAUAUCCACGAUGGCUUCCUUUCACCUCUUUGUUGUUUUCUGUAUUU